GACGACUGACAAAAACAAACAUGGCACCAUAAGGAUAACAGUUAUUGCUUGUGUUUCUUCUUCGGUUUUCCUCAGAGUAAUGGAACAGCUACGUCAUCUUGAACUUUGGUUAAGUUCCUGGAGCAUUUGGCUUGAUCCUAUGCACAUUUUUUCGAAUGCAACCGAGAAAAUUAAUGGACUAAAGGAGAGUGUUAAUGAACUUUGGCGGACUGACGACUGGCAAAUUCGUUUGUCGUGGCUUCUCUUGAUUUGUACGGCUUUUAACAUUGUGUUUAUUGGCAUAGCGUGGCAUAUUUAUAGGGAAACCAUAUCGAAUAUGCUCUUCAACAAGUCAAGAAGUCCAGUGCAUCAGAGAUCGAAGACGAAUGUUUUGUCAAGUAGUGUGGAAGACUUGAUAGUUAAAAAGAUCCAGUAACUAAUAUUAUGGGGUGAAAGUAGUUAAUUAACUCCUGGGCUGACUGUUUCAUGGGCCCUCGGUGCUUUGGUAAUAAGUGAGAAGUCAAGCAGUCAUGAUGGUCGUGAAUGAUGAUGGUGAUAAUGAUGAUGGCAGCGAUGAUGAUGAUGAUGAUGAUGUUGAUGAGGAGGAGGAGGAGGAGGACAACGAUGAUGAUGAUGAUGAUGGUGAUGAUGACAAUGACGACGAUGAUGAUGAUGAUGAGGAGGAGGAGGAGGAGAAGGACAACAAUGGUGAUGAUGAUGGUGAUGAUGACAAUGACGACAAUGAUGAUGAUGAGGAGGAGGAGGAGGAGGAGAAGGAUAACAAUGGUGAUGAUGAUGGUGGUUUUGGUGGUUAUGAUAUUAAUAGAACUGUCACUGAGUGACUGGAGGCAAAACAGCAAUUGUUUCCAUGGCAAGAGUGGUGUUGUUGUCAUUAUUGUAUCCCACAGGUUUUCAGGCAAAAAUACAAAAUUCAAUAAAAUCAUUGCCGUUGAUAAACACACAAGGUUUAAACAGUCCUCAAAACAUGUGAAAAUGUUACCUAGUGACAAAGAUAUUAAAUAUUUUAUCAGACAUGUGACGAAUAUGGGAUAAAGCUAAUACUUACUGAAGGUUGAUUGGUUUAAAAAUUACUUAACCUUACCUAACAACAGUUUAAACAAUUAGAAAUGGUAUUCUCAGCUGAAGAAAGCAACACUAUUUUGUCUACUGAAAUUUAGUUAUUUAUAAAUAACAGGCCAAUGUAUCUGAGGUUAAAAAAACCCUCCCUUUCAAAAUGAGACCAAGUGCAAACCUUUCUUGUGAAAAUGAGUUUAUUUGCAUGUUGAUUUGCCUAAGAAAGCCAACAUUUUGCAACACUACCAACUGUUUUAC